CCUCGACGCACACAACAACAAACUGCAGCAGAGCCGUGUUUAGUCUACAGAAUUGUCUGUGUGCUGUUGUAUUAUUGUGUGUGUGUGAUUGUAUUGCUGUUUGAUUAUUGUCUGUGUCUGUUGUCGCGCUUGUCUACGAUGGCUGGAACUUCGUCGUCCCCUGGCUCAACCAUCUUCAGCGAAAAGUGCAGUUCCCACACCGCCUCUGCCGCGGUCCCACGGCGCGAACACUCAAAACCCACACCCCUCCGCGAAGCAUGGGACGACGAUUUCUCGAUCUCAACGGCGGCAGACAGCCCACUAAGCGUGCCCAGCAAAAUCGAAAACUCGCAGCAGGCGGUGCGCGUGCAUCUGAGCAACAUCAAGCGGUUCGCAGCCGAGGUCGAGAAGCUGAAAGCGCUGCUGGCUGCGCUGGCGGCGGACGAGAACGCGGCUGUUGAUCAGACUGUUGUUGAGGAGGCGGAUGCGAUCGUGGCGUUGGCGGAGACGGGGGAUCAGGAUGAGGAGGCGGGGAGGGAAAGUGAGCAGGUGGCGUGGACGGAGACGGGUACGAUGGAUGGUGAGCAGCAUCUGAGGGAUAUGCGACGGAGGUCGUUGGUAGGACGGACGAUCUUGGAGGAGAUAUCGACCACAAGCACAUCUCAACCCUCAUCCACAGUCUCUCCAUCUACAGUUUCUACAGUCUCUCCAUCUACAGUCUCUCCAUAUUCAGUCUUUACAGUCUCUACAGUCUCUACAGUCUCUCCACCUACAACCACAAGCAUACAACUCACGCCCUCGUCGCAGCACAACAGCGACACCACCGACAUCGACAUCGACGACGACGACGCCUGGAACUCGAGCCCAGACGACGGUGAUGAUGAUGAUGACGACGACACCACACAGACCGCAUCAUCCGUAGACUGCAGAGUUACUACGAGUCAAAACCGGCUGGAUUUCAACGCCGAGUCGUUGCCGGGGCUGAUUGAACGGACGGUAAGUCUGAUGGCACAGAUAGAAGCUGCUCUGGCAGGAACUGCUCUGGCAGGAACUGCUCUGGCAGGAACUGCUCUGGCAGGAACUGCUCUGGCAGGUCAGCGGAAAUAGAUUGUUUCUGCUGUGGCUGCUGGUUAUGUUUGCGUGUUGUUGUAAGAUAAACCUCGUUGCAUCUACGACUCGUUUCGAUAUCAUACUCCAGUCUGAGGCGAGGCGAUCGCCUGCUUGUAUUUAGUUGGUCUGCAGUCCCGGUGCUUGUUUUUUGUUGUUUCUUAUUCUUUACUAUUGUUAUCUUGUCUAUAUCUUUGUAUAUUCUUCUUGCUGCAGUGCAGCUCCAUUGAAUUUCAUCAACAACUCUUAGAUCUUCUGGGGAUC